UUUCUCGGCUGACGUUUGAGUGCGACUCAGAGCCGUUCGGGAAGGAACGAGACGCAGCGAUAAAGAAACUGGCAUCUGAAGCGGGAGUAGAGGUCAACGUCAAGAUCUCGCACACGCUCUACGAUCUCGACAAGAUUAUAGAGUUGAAUGAUGGUCAGACUCCGCUCACGUAUAAGCGCUUCCAAACUCUAGUGAGCGGCAUGAGUCCGCCAGAACCUCCAGUAGAACCUCUGACCAAAGAACUCAUGAAGAACUGUGUCACACCUGUCAAUGACACCCACAGAGAGAGAUACGGAGUGCCCUUACUGGAGGAAUUGGGGUUUGACACGGAGGGUUUGGCUCCUGCCGUGUGGCCUGGAGGAGAAUCAGAAGCUCUGACUCGCAUGGACCGACACCUCGGGCCCGAAUCUGCUGCUGUGUGGCAGGAGAACUUUGAGCGCCCAAAGAUGAACUCUAGUCCUCUGUUGGCAAGUCCAUUGGGUUUGAGUCCAUACCUGCGAUUCGGCUGUCUGUCCUGUCGCAUGUACUACUACAAACUCACCGAACUCUACAAGAAGGUGAAGAAGAAUGAAAACCCGUCCAUCUCGCUCUACGAUAAGAUCUUAUGGAGGGAGUUUUUCUAUACGGCAGCCACUAAUAACCCGCGCUUCGACCAGAUGGAGGGAAACCCCUGCUGCAUCCGCAUCCCAUGGGAUAAGAACGCACAGGCGCUGGCCAAGUGGGCGGAGGCUAAAACGGGUUUCCCUUGGAUCGACGCGAUCAUGACGCAGCUGCGACAGGAGGGCUGGAUUCAUCAUCUGGCGCGUCACGCGGUGGCGUGUUUCCUGACGCGAGGAGAUCUGUGGAUCAGCUGGGAGGAGGGCAUGAAGGUGUUUGAAGAGCUGUUACUGGACGCAGACUGGAGUGUAAACGCGGGCAGCUGGCAGUGCCACUCCUGCAGCUCCUUCUUCCAGCAGUUCUUCCACUGUUACUGUCCUGUCGGGUUCGGACGCAGAAUCGACCCCAACGGAGACUUCAUCAGGCGUUAUUUACCUGUCCUCCGGGAUCUCCCAGCAAAGUUCAUCUAUGACCCCUGGAACGCUCCGGAGGACGUGCAGAUCGCUGCCAAGUGUGUGAUCGGAGUGGAUUACCCCAAACCCAUGGUGAACCACGCCGAGGCGAGUCGACUGAACAUCGAGAGGAUGCGACAGGUCUACCAACAUCUGUCCCGAUACAGAGGACUCAGUCUGCUCGCCACUGUGCCGUCCAACCACAUGGAAGAGAUGGACGUGAUUGGGGCGAGAGGAGCAGCAGCGCCCCCUACAUGCCGAAGGACACACAGGGUCAGGAGAGAGCAGAGGGGCGGUCACGAGCUGCCCGGAUCGAGCGGAGCGAAACAUCACGGCGCGAAACACCAACACGCUCUCGGCCACCGUACGUUGCCGUACACCACGCAAAGCGGCCAAACAGGCCACGCCCACACCCACGAGUUCACCAUCCCACAGCAACCAGGACGUCUGACUUGGCCGGCUUGGGGCGUGACGGGAAAGAGAGAAAGGGAGGCGGAGCAUGACUGUUGCCAUGGUGACAAUGGCCCCUCCCCCUCCACUCUAAAAGUGCAGCGGCAAGACGAUGAGGUCAGUGAGGGGUCAAAGGUUGAGCCCGGCCUGUUGUGACCUCAAUCUGACAAAUGACACCGCGCAGCAGCUCAGUUUCGGAACAGAGCACGUUUCAGAAGAGGCGGGAACUCCAGGAGGGCGUGUCCUUCUCUUAAGCUCCACCUACUGAUGGAUUUGCAUAAUGUAUUAUAAACGUCCUAACGCCAGUAUUGCUCUUCAGAGAGUAAUUAUCCAGUUUCCAAACGCUACUCGCAGACGAAACUCAAUUAUGUGUUUAAUUCUUGUUUGCACUUUCUAUAUUCUUACAGACAAUAUGGAGUCAUUUUAAACUCCGUGUGAAAACAGCCGAAGAAGAACACAUUCAUUUAUUCUCCGACUACAUUAAACCCAUUCCUAACUGAUUGCAGAACAGUUUCCUCGCUGCUGCUCAUCAUGAGCACAUGUAUGUUCCUGUAGCGGUUGCCGUGGUGAUGAUGCUCUGUUGCUAGGCUGCGGUGGUGUGGCCGGACACAGCUGGUCCAAACGAGCUCAUGUUAUUGGUGCUGUAUUACUGACGUGGUAAAUGAGUUAGCUUUGAGUUGUUUGAGCGUUUGCUCUGUAAGACUGAACGGCUUGUAGAAUCGGACAUAUGUUCACGUGUGGUCCAGCGUUUAUGAAGUGUGUUUUAUGAAGACUUGGUUCGUCAUUUUUGUACCAAAUAUCCGUAGUGUAUAUCUCACAGCAUCUUUGUGUCCUAGUCUCUGUGAAUUUCAUCAUUUGACAAA